AUGUCAUCAACGUAUAAGGAGCAAGUUGUCCAAACAACAAUAAUCCCUGAGGGAGAAAGUGAGGAACAUAACAAGGAAGAUGAAAUUUGCAGCUCAGACGAACUGCAGGAACAUUUGAUACUUUCAGAAGGGAAAAGCAAGGAGAAAGCCAAAGAGACCUAUAAAGAAGCCUGUGUUGAGGCUGAGCAGUUUGAUUUAUCAUCUCAAACCAAAGACAUAUCAGAAUGUGCAUUUGGUGAUGUUGGGCAGGAAACCCCAGAAGAGAAUGAAAAAUAUACAACAGAAAAGUCUUCUGGAGAGGAUGAUCCUAAAAUAAUCAUAGAAUGUGAAGCAUCCUCUGCUAGUGAAGACAUAAAAUUAACAGAACAAUCCUUAGAGGAUGCAUCUAUCACUGCUGAAGUGCAAGAAGCAAAAGCUGGGAUUGAUUUGGGGGUUGCUGUUCUAGUCCCAGAAGAAACUGGAACAGAAAGACAAGAGGUGGAAGAAUUGAAUGAUGAAUGCACAGAGAUGACAGACGCCUCCACACCAGAUGAAACUUCCGUUAUGACUGCAUCAAAAACGAUAGGAGAAAGUACUGAAGGAGCACCACUGGAGGCAAAAGACCAACAGACCAAAGACAUUGCACUAACUGAACAACUCUCAGAGGGUGCACGCAUCACUGCUGAAGUCCAAGAAGAAAAAGAUGGGAUUUAUUUGGGGGCUGCUGUUCCAGUCCCAGAAGCAACUGGAUCAGAAGAAAGAACAGAGACCAGUGACGGAAAGGAAGCAAACCCAAUUCAAGUUGCACCUGUCUCAGAGACUCUAGAGCAAGAAAUAGAAAAACAGAAACUUGGAAGGGAUACUGCGGACGUCCAUGAAGAAGAUAAACAUAUAUCUAAUAUCCCUAAUCAGUUAGAAGCUGUCUGUGUUGCAGAUACAGAAAAGGUCCCAGAGUCAAGCAUUCAUCAAAGUUCUGCUGAGAAUACAGGUCAAUGUGACAAAAAAGAAGGAAAUCAACAAAUUGACUCCCCUCUUGUCUUGCCACAUGCCCAAUGUUCAGACAUCAAAAUAUCAGAGAAUGAGCCACGAUGUGUUGGAGGUGUGGCUAGCACUGAUGUAACAGAAUCGGAGGCAUCCCCUCUUUCCUUGAAAGAUAACCAUGUCGUUCUGGAAGCAGAUGAUACCAGGUAUUUGAUUCUUGAGAACCAAGAUGGCGACAAGAAUAUAUCUACAGAAUAUUCCCAAGGUGAACAUGAAGUAGAGAGACCUUCUAAAGUUGAGAAAGAAAGAGAGGAAUGCGGAAAUGAGGAAAGAAAGGACCAGCAAAUAGAAGGGAAGCCUGAAUCAGAGGAGACUGACAAACCUUCAUUGUCAGACCUACUUCAGGUAUCUACGAGAGGAACCUCUGAGAUGGAAGAUCAUUCUCCCACUGAAAAAGAGCCAACCAGCCACACUGAAAACACUGGUGAGGUUGAGCAUGAACACAUGAAAACGGAUGAGGAGAAAGAUGAUGAAGAUGAAUCACAUGAACCAAAAUUGGACUUAGGUUCUGAAGCACCAGUCAUGGUGGAUACUGGAGACACAGACAUGAAAGUAGCUCAUAAGAAAUCUCACAACAUACUUUCAGGCGUUGGAUCAAAAGUGAAGCAUUCAAUUGCCAAGGUGAAGAAAGCCAUUACAGGAAAAUCUCCAAAAAAAGUGACAACCCCAGAAAGUAAAUAAGCUCUGCUUUCACUUAAAGUAUAGUUUGAAGUUUUACAAGUUUACACUAUAGCUUGAAUUGUUAAUAAUUUUUUUCAGCUUUUCGAUUUGGCUUGUUUUCAAGUGUUUGCAAAAAAAAAUUACAUUUAUUUUCUACAUUUUUUUGGCUUGGCAGUGUAACUUGUUUUGUUAGUUUGGAAAUUGUUCUGGAACUUGAUAUGAAUUUUGUAAUGCUAAUAAAGUUUUUCUUUAUGAUA